AGAUUUGAAACGGACGUCUCUCCUCUCUCCGCUUUUUGCCUCGCUCUCCGAAAUAACUGCUUGAAUCUUGCACACACGCACCUUGUUUAACGCUUUAUUCCGCAAUGUCAAUUGCUCAGUGGCGACAAUUCAACUUUUUCGAUAAACAACAAGUCGUCGAUCCUACCGACAAGUCCAAAUCGCCUGCCGUAUUUCAGAAGUCUGAUAUAUCAGUACUCACUAGCGGUCGCGGACAAAUUGCACUAGCUGAUUCGAAAGGCCAGGUCUAUAUCAGCGAUCGCAACUUUAAAACUCAUUCGUUCGUCGCGUAUGAUGGCGGUCGCGUUACUCACCUUAAGCAACUCAAGCAAAAGAAUAUCUUGGUGACAGUUGGUGAAGAAGAUAACGGCACACCAGUGGUUAAAUUUUGGGACCUUGAUUCAGUGGAUCGAUCCAAAUUAAACGAGUCCCAGCCUUACACACCUACCUGCAUUCGAACAAUCAAGAUCCAGCAUGGAACCAAGCCUUAUCCUGUAAGUAUCUACCAUUGCUGUGCUGGAUAACAUGUCUCAACUUGCUGUUGGUUUGACUAGUGGCGUUGUAAUUCAUGUUCGGGGAGACUUGUCAAAGGAUCGUACUGUUAAGCAAAAGGUCAUUUUUGAAGGCGAAGAGCCAAUCACAGGUCUGGGAUUCCGCGAACAAACAAAAUCCACCAUCUUGUUUAUUGUCA